GUGAUCCCGAUCGACGGCGACGACGGCGCCUGGCCUGAUCAGCAGACCAUCGCCGACGAUCAGCACACCAAGGACGAGGGGCACCCUGGGGACGAGGACGGGCAGCCCAUCGAUGACGGCGAGGGCGGCGAGGAGCAUUGCAAGGACGAGGACGGGCAGCCCAUCGAUGACGGCGAGGGCGGCGAGGAGCAUUGCAAGGACGAGGAGCACCCCCAGGACGAGGACGGGCAGCCCAUCGAUGACGGCGGGGACGAGGAGCACCCCCAGGACGAGGACGGGCAGCCCAUCGAUGACGGAGAGGGCGGCGAGGACGAGGAGCACUUCCAGGACGAGGAGCACCCCAAGGACGAGAAGCACCCCAAGGACGAGGGGCACCCCAAGGACGAGCAGGACGGGCAGCCCAUCGCACCCGCCGAGGCGAAGGGCAAGGCGCCCGCGGCGGCCAAGCCCGCGGCGGAGGCCGCGGGCAAGGCCAAGGCGCCCGCAGCCAAGGCCAAGGCGGCCAAGGCGCCCGCAGCGCCCGCAGCCAAGGGCAAGGCGCCCGCGGCGAAGGCGCCUGCAGCGAAGGCCCAGGCGCCUGCAGCGGGCGAGGAGCCAGCGCCCACGCCCGAGCUCGGGGAGCCCGCGGCGGCCGAGGAGCUCGAGGAGCCCGCGGGCGAGGGGCCCGCGGAGGAGGCUGGCGAGGACGAGGCUGGCGAGGGCGAGGCGCCUGCUGGCGAUCUGGUGCUGGCCCCGCCACCAGACCGCAACUACGGGGACUGCGCGCGCUGGGGCUGCCAGGAGUGCUCGAACGCUGCGGGCCACGCCAUUCAGCUGAAGUACCUCCGCCGCGGAUCCGAAGGCUACUCGACCAUCGCGUGCAGGGCGAAGUUCGUCGCGGACAUGCCGUGGGCGGAUCGGGCGCAGCUGACCCAGGUCAGCGGCGAGGACUGGGCAGACGAGCGCUUGAAGUUCUACGGCGCCCACGACGUCGAGGCGAUGAGCAGGAUCGCGAUCGGCAGGGCCUUCUUUUACGCAGCGCAGAGGACGGCCAGCGACAAUCAGAUCUGCAAGCUCAUCAGGCAGCACGUGGUCGCGGAGCUCAAGAACAUGAA